AUGUCCUGCGUUCCGUCGCCGGCACCUGAUGAGGUUCUGGUCAAACUUGAGUAUUCGGGUCUAUGCCAUUCCGACAUUCAUGCAUGGAAAGGAACGCCCUCUAUAAUCAAAAGAGAAAAGCGCGUUGAGGGACAUGAGGGUACAGGUAUUGUGACGGCUGUUGGAAGUGAGGUAGAAGACAUCUCAGUUGGAGAUCAUGUGGGCGUGCAGUGGGUCAACAAGACUUGUGGCGUCUGUGAGGCCGACAAGCGAGCCGACUACUUGGCUUGUCCUAAAGCUCAAAUGACGGGCUUCUCUGUUGACGGUACUUUCGGCACUUGCUGCGUCAUUCAAGCACGUCAUGCUGUCCGCAUCCCGAAGGAGUAUCCCCUCGACACAGUGGCACCUAUAAUCUGUGCCGGAACCACAUGCUUCAGAGCUGUGGAAGAGACCGGGGUGAAGGAAGGUGACAUCUUGGCUGUUGUUGGACCCGCGGGUGGCAUCGGAUCACUGGCAUGCCAGUACGCUAAAGCCCAUGGUUGUCGAGUGCUUGCAAUUUCCACUGGGGGUGACGGUCGGAUUCUGUACAGGGACAAACUCCGGGUUGAUUUCUAUGUGGACUGCAAUACAUCCACAGACAUUGUUACGGAAGUCCGAAAGCUGACCGGAGGUGGUCUUGACGCGGCUAUUAUGAUUGAGGGUACUGAAGCACUUCUAGAAGAUGCUGCUCAGUAUAUACGACCUCGAGGGUCUAUUGUUGUCGUGGGGAAGCCCCCAGAGAAUACAGUAGGUUUGGGCAUGUCUAACUUGCUGCUGCGAAUGGGCCAAAUCAAGUCGUCUCCCUAUGGCGGUCCGAGAGAGCAGAUUGAAAAGGCUAUCGAAAUAUUCUUUGAGAAGAAUUUCUAUCAGUCUUCUCAUGUUAUAUCACUUGAUCAACUACCCCAGAUGCUUCAACCCGUUCACCAAAGAGACCCCGAGGAUCAUUCUAAUGGACAUAGCUCACGAUACGAAAGCAGCUUGCUGGGACAGGAAACAGUCAAGAUCCCCUCGUUCAGUGAAAGCACUCGAACUGAGAAGACUUUCCCAAAGCCUACAUUCUACCAAGACAGCUUCAACAUUGGCACUUACAUUGGGUAUCGUUUGGAGGAGCUCGGAAUCCGUGACUUCCUAGCUGUGCCUGGGGACACAAACCUUGUGCUUCUGGAUAAUAUUCUCAAGAAUCCCAACCUGCGAAUGAUUGGGUGCUGUAACGAGCUCAAUGGAGGUUACGCAGCAGAUGGUUACGCCAGAGCUUCGCCCGCAAAAGUUGCCGUUCUUGUUGUGCCGUAUGUGGUAGGGGCUCUUUCGGCCCUAAAUGCAGUGGCAGGCGCUUGCUCUCAGAACAUAAAGAUCAUCGUCCUCUCUGGGUGCCCAACAACAGGGAUGCUAGCUAGUAAGAAAUUCUUGCAUCAUGCACCAAGCGCAGCGAACAGGGACCAAGCUCUCGAUGCCUAUCGGGGCGUCACUGCCGCCUCUAUUCGUCUCCAAUCGACAAACACAGCCGUUCAAGCCUUGGAUGACGCUAUAAGCAAGUGUUUCGCGUCUUCUCUUCCCAUUUUUAUUGAAAUUCCCAAUGACAUUGCAGGAGCUGCAUGCUCCUCUCCUUCCCCAUUCAAGAUACCUGAGACAAUGAUUCAAACUUCGAGAAAUGAGGAAGCCGUCAAUUCUAUCACUGGCACCUGGAAUAAGUCGGAGAAGCCCGUCCUCCUCUUUGGGAGCCUUGCACGCCGUCUACUUUCCGCGCAUGACAUUGAAGCCCUAGCUGAUAGACUCGGCUGUGCCGUACUCUGCCAGCCAGAUGGCCGCUGCAUAUCUGAGUCUCACCCGCAGUAUUGUGGCCAAUUAUGGAAUGGUCUCACCAAUCCGGAGGGAGAGAAAGUCUUCAUGGAUUCUGAUCUUUGGCUCAUUGUCGGUGCAAAUUGGUGCGACUUUCACGGUAUCUUUACCAGCAUUGACGAAGAAAAGAGUCGCAUGAUCAGCAUCGGCAAAGGUUGGGUCGAACUGCCCGAUGGAACAUGCAUUCAAGGCGUAGACUUCGCCACGGUUGUUAGACAACUUAUCCGAUCAUCGAUGGAAUCCAAGCACAAGUCAGUUCCACGGCCAAAGCCGACCCUGGGGGCAAAACCUUCACAGACGGAAGACCUUGACGCUCCUUUGACAUUGGAGCACGCUAUGUACGGCAUUCAAAACAUUUUGCGAAGUGGUGACACGAUGCUCUGUGACGCUGGAGAGGCUUGGUUUCUUGCUAAUCAUAUACGGCUCCCUCCCGGCACAGACUGCCAAAUCCAAAUGCCCUACUGCUCGAUUGGUUGGGCACUACCGGCUGGACUUGGCGCUCAGCUUGGCCGCUCACAGGGCCGUUCGAUCAUUCUGAUCGGCGAUGGUGGGUUUCAAAUGACGGCACAGGAGGUCAGCACCAUUGUCCGUCAGCAUCUGAAUCCGAUCAUCAUUAUCUUCAACAAUCUUGGCUACAAGAUUGAGACGGCCGUCCACGAUGGGCCAUAUAACUACAUCGCCAACUGGAACUAUCCUCAGCUGGCCGCUUCUCUAUCCGCAAGCCCUCACGCGUCCUCUCACAACCCUUAUUCUACCAAGAAGCAGGAGUGUAUGGAAAGUUAUCCGUCGUUAUUCACCCUGCAAGUCAAGACGCAGAGAGAUCUUAAAAUGGCUCUCAAGAGAGCAUACGACGAGCAUGAUAAGCUUGCCUUUCUUGAGCUGUGCAUUCAGCCAAAUGAUUUGAGCCAGGAGGUACGGCAGCUUGGCAAAGCGUUUGCGCAGAAAAAUGCCGAAGAAUCCUCUGGACCAUCUGAAAGUUUUGCUUUUAAGACGCCCAGCGCAGCGACAAGCGGUCCCAACAGUCCGAGAGUCGGUAGUCCUGCCAACACGUCAGUAUAAGUAUCUUCGAC